UUUUUUUUUUUUUUUUUGUCUGCUGUGUUUGCCUGUAAUAGACUGACAUCUAUUGAUCAAUGGCUUUUAUCUAUAGUUAUUGUCAUAUCUUAUAUACCAUCACUGUAGUUCUGUUCAGAGGGAGGUUCAAGUAAUUGCACCUAAUCACGAUCUACGUCUGCAACUACGAGUAUAUCGGAAGCUUCUUUCAUUUUCGUAUGACCAUGUAAAGCUAUUUCAGCUUGCUGCAGUGUUAACAGUUUUGCAAUAUUAAUGAAUGCCAAAUUAUUCACCAUCUUGUUAAAGGAAACAGCAGCGUUUUAUAGUAUUAUACAGAUAAACUAAAAGUUAACUUAAUGUCUCGUUAUAGAAUCUGCAAAAUGACUAUUUAUAAAUUUUGUAAAUAGAAAACUUUAUAGUAAAUGCCAAACAUUCGAAGUACAAACAACAACAUUAUAUAACUUUUAAAAACGCUUUUCAUUAAACUGCUCAGCAUAAUACAGCGCAAGUGGUUUGGGGACUUGCGAGAUUUGUUGGUAAUGAAUUCAAGUUAAUAAGAACUUUAGAAGAAAUGAACGACUUCUUCUUUGCAUUGUAAAGUUUGGAACAGUUAACUGUUCCUUACCUCCUGGGGUCGUCAGUUGCUGAGAGUAACCAAAAUACAAGCUCCGCGAUUCAACCAUAGUGAGAACUUUAUUUUAAGGAUAUUAAUGGGUGUCCAUGAAUGUGGUGGUCACGUUCUCAGCGAUGUCAGCAGGAUGGAAUUUAUUCAUACAAACAACGUCUGAUUCAGUUCUGUGAUGACUGGAAAAUAGAGACAUUUAACAUGACAACAAACUUCUACUACUUGUAUAAGAUUUCGUGCCGGACAUGUUUUGACGUAUGAUCAGCUACAUUAAACAAAGCAACCCUACAUCCUGAAUUAUCAAUGUGUAUACGAUUCGCCACAGCGGUAAUUGUGCUAGAAUUAUGGUGGGGCUGAUAAUAUUUCUACUUCAUGUUGUACCAGGAACAGUCAAUGAUCCUUUACAUUUGUCAUAAAUUGUGGAAACCUGGAGUACAGACUUUGAUGUGAACUAGCGAUAUUUAUUAUUAAUACUAGGAAAAGCGCCAUUGGUUGCCAAUAUAAAAGCACCAUCCACAUUUAACCUUGGAAAUGACCCCCUGACGGUGAACUGCAAUCCUUCAGGACAGGGGUUUGACACCAUUAGCCGGAUUGAACUAUAUAGAAAGUCUAUGACUGAGACUUCUUACAGCACACUGUUAUACGUACAGGAUCAUUCCACUGGUAGUGUUCCGGCAUUCGAAGAUGACGAUCUCAAACAAAGAGCUACUGCGAGAGGGGGGACGGGAAACCCAGAGGGGGCGUUCCUGUCAUUACAAGUGACACCUGACAGCGCCAACUGUAGAGAAAAGGGGUUCUACAAGUGCAGGAUUACCUACAUAAGCGCUAAUGAAACUAAUUACGUCACCUCUACAUCGGUAUUUAUUGAUAUCGUUGUUCCGCCUUCGUCUGCUCCUCCAUCUUUCAUACUCAGUCUCUCCAACAUCCCAGGCGCGCUACCAACUAGCCACACGUAUCUCAAAGGAACCACCAUAUUACUGGGCUGUAGAGCUGAAGUUGGUAGUCCUGCAUACCCAAUGCGAUUCUGCCUGAAGACACCUACAGGCUACGAGCUUAUAACAAAACUCGAGGAAAAUUCCCUCUCACCUUCCUCAACAAAUCCAGCUAAGACUUGUAUGAUGUCUAGAACUAUCAUUGCAUCACUCCUGGUAAACACUGAGGGGGAAAUACACUGUGAUGUUUAUAAUGCGACUAGUAACAUGGGCUGCCACCUACAUCCGAGAACCGCGUCUGAAACCUUUUCUGUACAGGAUUUUCCAGUAUGUAAUACGAGUACUAAAAGUUUACUCAAUUUAUCAACAACGAAAGCGUCACUAAGUAACCAGAGUGUGGGCGUGACGAGUGUCCCCGUCCAAGCUAUUCCAUUGGUCACCACAGAAUCCGCCAUGGGAGGGCUUGCCGUCCUCGUCCUGGGCUGUGUGUUGAUCGCUCUGUCUGGAGCUUUUCUCGUCACCAGUGUCAUCAUCUGUAGAAAGGCAAAAACACUUCGGAAAGAGGCUGAGCUUGUACUGAUCAGAAGCACCUACGAUUCGAUUAAUUUCAAAACAUCACCGGCGUCUGAAUACUCGUCUCUUGAUAAUUUAACGACUACCUCCAGUCAUCCGCUGGAGAGACAGGAUAGUGAUGGAUACAUGAUACCAACAUCUUUAAAAUGACGUCAUUUGGGACUGCAGGAAAUCAAAGAAAGUUUGCUGAAAAACAGCGAUAUAACAUUAGUAACAUUGUCACGAGAGAGAGAGGGGAGAGAGAGAGAUAGGGGGGGGGGGGUAGAGAGAGGGGGGAGGGAGAGAGAGGAGAGAGAGAGAGGAGAGUUUAUGUGUGUUAUUAGUAGACAAUACAUUGGACAAUUGCACGCUUGAGACAAUAUUCACUCAUUAUUACAACAGGAUUGGCAAAGCUGGACAUUUUAUUUACAAUCUACGAUACAGUAUAACUGCUGUAAAACCAGACCUGGAUGCAAUAUUACGAGAAGACAUAAACAGCCAGAUUUUCUCCAUAAAAGGGAAAACAUCCGAUAUUUAUCGACAGGGUGGAUCAUCAAUUCAGUGAUGAUAAAUAUACACGAUGUCGUUAUCAAGAGGAGAUUGAUGCGAUAGAAGGCGGCUGACGUGUUACAGGAAACUAAAACUCGUCUGUUUCAGCAUUCUAAACCUCUCUAACAACUGAAAAAAAUAUCAGAACCAUAUUGUAAAUUGUGAAGGCACACUUAACAGACAUUGCUAAUCUCGAGUGAGAACUAUAUAUAUACGGUGUGUUUAAUAACGUUGCAUAGAACUACAUGAAUAGAUUUAAAACUUUUGCUUGACGCUGCUACAGUAUGUAAUAUGUACUAAUGUUCCGGACACACUCUGACGCGGUCAGUCACGGCGGGUAAGAGUAACCCCCACAUCCUGACUGAUCCUGACCUCAUUGUUUCAUGUUACAAUUGACAAAUCUGUGUUAUUAGAUAUGUUGGAAGUUUUUUUAUUCCUACUUUUGGUUGUACAAGGUACAGUAAAGCAUUAACGGGUUAAAUUAUAGUUUUAUUGUAAUCUUUUGUUUGUUUUCUACAUGUAUUAGUUGACAAUUUUUAAACAAAAUGGACUUAAACUGCUGUAUUUUGAAAUUGAUUAAUGAUUCAAGACGUACC